ACUGCUGUCACGUAUGGAACUUACCGUGAUCGAUUAAUUACUGCUGCAAUACUCAAUCAGCCACUGAUGACUUCAGCAUGGCAUCAAUUGGACAAAUCAUCUUUUGGAGCAUGAUUGUCCUCAUAUUUGUAAUGGCUGGACUUUUAAUUAUCCUUUUGGUUAUUGCAUUUUCAGCAUCCCAGGGCUCUGUGCUGACCACCACACCUUUUCCUGUGGGCAAUCUGGAAGAGGAUGUCAUCCUGGAUUGCAACUUCCAAACCAAAACUGGCCAAAUUUCUUCUGAUGUGUCAAUCACCUGGCAAAAGGACGGUCUCACUGGGGUGGUUUAUCAAUACCAGAAGAAAGUAGCUAAUUUACAGCAGCAGAACCCACAAUUCAAAAACCGAGUUGGCCUUUUCCCAGAUGCUAUCCCCAAAGGCAACGCUUCCCUUCUCUUAAGAAUGGUAAAAACGGACGAUGAAGGAGUGUAUCGCUGCAGUGUGGCUGCUUCUGGAGUCACGGGUACAGUCAGCAUUAACCUCAGAGUGGGUGCUUUCUCAGCUCCCAAUAUAAGUAGGUUAAACAACAGACUGAUAGCCAAGGCUCAGAGAUGGCUGCCCCAACCUGAUGUAACCUGGACAGAUCAGAAUGGAACACUGUUAAACAGUAGCAACCAUUUUAACAAGACAGAGAUGGGGAUUGUGCAAGUAAUAGGCAGUCUCCUAGUCCAAGUGACUGACGGGAAGUACAUCUGUGUCAUCCAGAAUGCUCUUGUCACAUCUGUCACUGAAGCUUCUGUUACAGGUAACAGCAUUUCAACAAGAAAUGACUUCACGUUUAAUUCAUCACCAAAGCCCAUCACAUCUCAUGUAAUUAUCACAGCAGUGAUCUUUUUCUGUAUGGUUGUAUGGUGAAGAUACAUCUGGUGGAUAUGGAAUAAGCUAUAAGCAGAGACAUGACUCACAUUGUGUUGUAAAAAAUGCACACGAGGUUUUGGUAAAUAUGCAUCUCCUGAUAUUUGACUUUACCUUAUGGUAUUUAUAUAUGCAGCAAAACAGCUGCAACUUUUUCUGUAAAUACGAUUUAAGAUGUGUUUAAAUAAACGUCUGUAA